AUGACGCCGAGACCAUCUUUGCCAUCUCUAAUCAACGGCGUCCAUACGCCCACCGAGAGACGCUUAUACAAUCACUUUUCGCAGGUCCUAUCGCAACUCCUUGUGCUGCAGACUUCAAACCAAUGCAACCCAAUCGCCGCAGCGAUUCUCCCACUUUCUACAGCCGACAAGGGCCUAUUAUCCCUCGUAAUGACUGUUUCGGCGGCACACCUCUUGAAGCUCUUAUUCCUCGGGGGUCAUUCGAUUGAAAACCCAGAGUACGUUGAGGUGCAACGGCUCAAGUGGAAGUUCUUCGGCCAAGGCACACGCAUCCACGGCCAGCGUAUUCAAGAGCUCUACGCAGAUAAGCCCGUAUCUAAUAAACAAUAUACAAUCGCGCUAGCUAGCACGAUGCUUCUGUGCCAGUAUAAUACCGGAGAGGGCGGGUUUGACGGCGGGUGGAAAAUGCAUCUGGGCGCAGCGCACGAGUUAGUAAAAUGUCUUAAGCGGCGGUCUGGUGCGUCGAAUGUGACGUUUUCGUCUGCGGCCGUUCUCGAGGAUUGGUUUCUUUAUCACCAGUUGAUUUCCAAAGUGACUGAUCAGAACCCUUUGUGCCAUGCAGACCAUUUCGAGGCAUCUUCCAAUCCAAGCUCUGAUCUGUUGCUCAUCGGGUCUCAAGAUGGACUUCUUUCCAUCGUCGGACGCAUAAUGGAUCUCAAGACGCAGAUUCUCCUGGACGACGAUCCCUCAGUACCGUCGUAUUUGGGCCUCACUUUCGGGCUCGAGAUCAGUGUGGACCUGGAGGCCUGGGAUUACCAGUACCCGACGCAGCAGCAACGGGUCGUAGGGGAGUGCUAUCGAUGGGCGGCCUUCAUAUUACUUUACGCGACAGUGUAUCAGUGCCAGUUGCUCGAUGACAAGAUCCAGACUGCGCUGGAGGGCGGGCUUACCUACCUGGACGACCUUUGCGAUACCGACCAUGCUCAGAUCUGCGCCUUGUUUCCGAUGUUUAUCUUUGGGGUUUCGGCUGUGUCGAGGAGAGAUCGCGACCGAGUCAGAGAGAAGAUGGAUGCUUAUUAUAAGUGGUCAGGGCUAGGGAAUAUUAUCGAGGCGAAGACCUUCCUGGAGUUAUGGUGGGAGCAAUGCGAUCAAGCGGAAGACCGAAAUUGGUGGCAGUGGCAUGCUUUGGCUUCUGAGACUGCGUUACAGCCUAUUCUGACAUGA